AAAGUUGCGCCGCCUGUACUGUCCAUGACGCCAAAGAUCACCGCGUACAUAGCAAACACGAUGCGCCAGGCUUGCUUGCCGUAUUAUGCGGAUGGUCAAGCAGGGCAUGCCUCAUCUUGGAUAGAUUCGGGGCAUGGCACGCCCUGAAAGGUGCCCUCAUCUUGGAGUCCCCCCUGCUGAAACAUUACGCCGAAAAAGGGGUGGCACAAAGAUGGCGGAUGUAGUCUUAAACUCUAUGAUGUUGUUAGGUCUAGCGGCAGUCGAGUUUGCAAGGCGAGGACCUUUCUCACAUUUUCGUAAAAGUGAUGGAACAGAGACAAUGGAAGUUGAUUGGGAGACGAGUAACCCCCAGAAGGCCUGUCAGUCGGGCCGUAGAGGUUGUUGCUGUGAAGGGGGCCCGAGUCAAUUCCAUUCCAUGUCCGAAGUGGGUCAAGCCACAAGGUCGUCAAUGUCAAUGGUUCAGGACCUGCCGAACCGGUCGACCGGCAGAACGGGUCCUGCCCGUGUCCGGGCCGGGGCACCUUCUUCGCGCAUCCGAACGCUCAGACCAUGCGUUUGCCCCAAGGUGGAAAGGACCUGCCGCCCGACUCAUUCAGUGAUUGAGCACUGAGCAAGGGCACUGGGGAGUCUGGAAGUCCGUGUAAAACCGGGACUCAGUCUGGACUCUACGGAGUACCUGAGUGGAGGGGAAGCAGCGUAUUAGCGCUUGUGGGCGGAUCUAAUUGACAACUGGCGGAAGCUGACAAACAAUAAAACGAGGCGCAUGAGGGGUGCUUAUCCCAUUGCAGCAUGACGUUUGUAACGUUUCCCCCCCUUCCAAGCCACGCUACGGCCCUUAUUCGAUCCUAAAGCUAAUUAGGGCAUCAAUCAAUCCUUUGGUGAGCAACAACUGCCCGGGGAAAGCGAGGCAAUGACUGUGCUGUUCUCA